CUUUGUGAUCACAGCAACACAGAGCGAGGUUUCCUCAAAGUGUUUGCUGAGAAGCUGUCCAUGGACCUGUCUGGGGGAAAUGUUGAGGUGGUCGUGUCUCAGAUUGAUAGAGAUCCGCUUCAAGUAAUCUGAAAGUUGCUGGACUGUGAAGGUAGGCGGACGAUGAGGAGAGGGGGUAGAUCAGGCAGGAUACGGGUAGGUUGGUCGCAAUGUUGCCCAACCACAUCUAGUCGUAGCAGACUCCAACCUAUCUGCCGGCUGCUUGCUGCCUGCCUGCCAGUUGGUGACUGGACUCUGUGGUUGAAAGCCAUGACGUUUUGGGUCCUGUGCAAGGGAUGCAAGAUAUCUCCAUACUCAAGAACAGUUGCUAGUUCUAAAUAACUUGAUGUAUUGAAUACAUUUGACCUACGAAACUGAUUGGGCGGUGCGAAGAAUUUGUGUUUCUCUUACCUAGUAUCACCUACCAUGAAUUAUGAAAUUAUACAAGGCUUUUCAAAGAAUCGUAUUAAAAUUCGUAUAAAACAUUUGCAGUUAUUUGGACUUUGAGAGACUAUAUCUUGUUGCAAUAUGAGACAAUGAUGUGAUUGAAAAUUUAUGCUCAAGAGUUCAACAACAACAAAAAAUUAACUGUGAAAUAUCGUAAUUUAAAAUCGGCAUAUUUAAUGAAAAGUUAACACUUUUACAUCAUGUGGCAAACGUAGGAGGACUUAUUAAGCAACACCGAUAAACGAUCGUGGCAGCUGCGAACUAGUUACGAACUAAUGUCAGCUUAUUUGAAUGGUUUGGAGUGUUGAAAGUGUAACAGUGCAUUAACAGUGACAGAUACUAAACUCUUCUUGAAAUCAACUAAAAAAGAGAAGGUUACUGACACGACGUAGCUGAGAGCCGUGGCCAACUUAUGCUGUAACCCACGCAGGUGUCACCGUCUAACAAUGACAUGGUCGAUGUGGGAAUUUCAUCAGCUGAGUGAAGCAGAGCAGAAAUGGAGGUGAUUCCAUCGAGAUCUGGGGGCAGCGGGUCCAUGCCUUUUCAGCGGCACAACGUGAAGGAAUGGUCGCGCGUGGACAGCGUCACUGGUAUGCUGGAGCACGCUAGGGUGGAGACAGGACACUGGGCAUCCAACACUUCCACCAGUAGCCAGCAGUACGGCAAGGUGGUAGAUUCCCGUGCCCGCAACCUGGUGGAUGGGAGUGUACACCAGCGACAGAGAAAGCAACUAGAAGUGUUCCAGGCUCAGGUACCUGGAGGUUCACUCCAGGUGAUACGAACCCAGAGCGUGACAAGCACCAGUUCCAGCAGUUGCUCUUGGAGGGCGCCCUUGCACAGUGACACCAAUGUGCCCACUGAUUUUGAAAAUAUACAGUUGCCUAUAAAUCCUCUAGAUAUAAGUUCUCAGAGGACGAAAGCCAGCGUAGGUCGCAGCGGGUCUAUCGGAAGUCGUCGUCCACCGUCCAGACCUCGUAGUAUCAUCAACAAAGUUGAGAGUGGCAUUUCUGAAGAAAACUUUCCUCCUGAUGCCGAGGUACAGGAUGUGGACAAACGCCUCUCAGAAGUAUCAAGGGUCUGCCAGCAGAUUCAUGAAGAAGCUAAAAGUAAGGUAUCAAAUUCUCUUCCUUCUGAAAUGCUCUCAUCAUCCCUGAAUGAUAAUAUGUUGCUUAGAGCAGACUACAUAAAUAGAAGAGGCUGCGCUGAUGGCAAUAAAUACGGUUGUAAGUCAGGCGGACAGAAUUCAUUAAACACAUUUGAUAAAGUGAGGAAAGCAGAUGAUAUUAUGUCAAAUGGACUUUUUCAUGCCAUCUUAGCAAGAAAGAAGAGUUGUUCUACUGAAGAUCUCCAAAAUAAUGAUUACAAUGAGAAAGACAGUCUAGUUGAAGGUCGUGAAAUACCAACAGACCUGAUCAGAACUUUAGGUGCAAGGCGAUCACUUCAGUUGCCAAAUAAAGGAAACCGUUCGGAUGUAUCGAAUGGGAAUGUGAGUAAAAUUUGCAAAGAGUUAGAAGACAGAAAGUCAUUGGACACUAUGAAUGAUCAUGCUACUAGCUUUGGUUCCUUUGAAAAUACAUUUAAAUAUGACACUGAAUCUGCAAGGAAUUCUUCCUUGCUAAGUGAAAAUAAUAGGCAAUUAUGUAGCAUUAAUUCACUGACAAAUAAAUCAGCAAAUGGAUACGAACUUGAAGGAUUUUCUAGGAAAGCUGACUCUACUAAAGGCUCUUCACACAAACGUCAUUCUUUUGUUACUGUAGAGUCCUUGAAAGAAGUUCGAGGCCGGCUGAGGCACCUUGGUUCACCUCCGCUGGAUGACAUUCGACUCCCAAAUAAUUCCCAAACAAAAGAUGUGGAAGAUAGUGAUGAUGGAAUUGUGACUGAAGAUUUCAACAAGGCAGCCCCAGGAAUGAAUCUUCAGUCAAUAGAAGAAAUUCCAACUUCUUGUGUGAAAUCGUAUGUGUAUGGCAUGGAAACAAUGGCAAACAGCCAAAACAAUAUACGUAAAUCUACCGCUGGUACCGGAAGCCUAGAGUCUAGGGCAUCGAAUAGGUCUAGCAGUAGUGGCGGAAACCGUUCUGAAGAGUGGUACAACCGAAGAAAAUCAUACGGCUUUGAACAAGUCCAUAACCAACAGGCUCAUAAUCGUUCUGAACCAGUGGCACUCAAAGAGAAAAGCAGAGUGGAAUCGUCGACUGACAGUGGCAUCUGUAGGUCUUCUGAGACAGUAAUUCCUUCAUCAUGGACCCCAUUUAACAAGGAAGAAGCAAAUGACCAGACUACGCUUGGAAAUUUAAAGGCAAAUCACAGCAUCGAACUAAAACAACAUAGUGACGACAGAAGAAUUAUAGACGCAGAUAACAGAGUAAAUGAGAGUAAUUCUCAUAAAGGAAGGAGGACAGUUGUGACUCUAGGAAGUGAUAAUGAAGACAAUAGAAGUGGACUGCAUAUGAAAGGCAGCAACUUGAUAGAAACUAGUUCCACUGCCAUAUCAAAUAGCUGGAGAAGUGGGUGUGAGAGCAGAGCAGUGAACAGUUUGAAUACAAAUACAAGUGCUAAAAGUGUGCAUCGCCUAUCAGUGCCCAUAACUAUAACAAUUCCAGUUGUAUCUGAUGAUUCAUUCAGUAGCAUUGACAGAAGUGGUAUAACUGCCAGGAAACUGUACUUCAAUCAGCUUUCAGAACAGACAAAUUUGAGUGCAGAGAGCAGAUGCAGGAAAUCUGGAACUUUCUUAACAAGUGGAAAUAGUUCUCCCCCAAAGAACCUUUUAGAUGAACCCAGAAAGACACUUGCAGAUAGGCGAGAGCUGCUUUUGAAGCACAGUGGAGGAAGUGGUUGGUCUCCUGCAUCCAGACAAACUGACAUUGAAAUAAAGAGGCAUUCCAUUGCCGUUGAUGAAACAAAAUAUGUCAGAGAGGGUCUCAAAAGUUAUAAUUUGUAUGAAAAAAGAAAAGGAAACUUUAAUUUUGAAAAUGAGUUAAAAACAAUUCCCACCAACAUUUCCGAUAUUGAAAAAAACACUUGUUUGAAUCUUUCUAAUGAAGGAGAUUUAAAGCCAGAUGGCAGAGAUUUUAAAUCUGCUUCAUUUACCUAUGAAAAUGAUGACUGUGAUGAAUUUUUGCUUCAGCAUCAUCUGGCAGGCAAGAAACAUAAGAAGGUAGAGUUCUGCAAGACUGAGGUCCACUUUGCUGCAGAACCAGGACGUUUUAACAUUGUUGAAACAGAUGAGAAACCUCCACCAAAUAACAUCAGGAGAAGAAGGCGUAGUAGUAGUAGUGGUGGUGCAGUUUUAGUUACUCAUCAGGUACAAGAUGCCAAUAAGACCAGCCUUCCAGAAAUUCGCUUUGGUGAUUCACUGUAUGAAAAGAAACUACUUGGUGGAAAUGAGUCUAACAACACUUCCUACCAGAUAGCUGUCAGUGCAGACACUCAAAAUCAAAAUAAAAGCAAUUUAGAUCAACUAGAACCGAUUAUGCCUGCUUUAAAUUCUGUUUCUGUCUUUCAAGAUGAUGCAGAUAAAGAAGAUAACAUUUUCACACAGGCAAAUGCCACUAUUCUUUCAUCAGGGAGGCAGGAUGCUGUGGAAAUGGGAGCCCAUAGUAAUGAUGAAGACAUCAGCACUGAUUCUAUAUUCUUGCAGUCAAAUUCCAUUAUUUCAGGUUCUGUAAGUAACGUGAGGCCUCGUAGUAUAUUGAAAAACAAUAAAAAACCACAUCCAUUCCACUUAGGUGAGACAGAUGAAGAUAUAUUGGUGUCAAGCUUAAGUGAGAAGUCUGAGAGGUCAACUGCAGAUCCUGAGGCAAAAUGGGGUGUGAGACUUAAGCCUGUACAGAACAAAGAAUUAUCAUUGCCCUCUACAUCUGUGUGGAAGUCAACAGUCACACUACGUAACCCAACUUUUGAUGGUCAGAAGCAGCAGGAUUGCCCUUCAUUACCAACACUGCAGGAUAAGAGGCUUCCAUCCUCACAAAGCUUUGGGGAGGGGACAGAGCUCAACAAACCACUCAAGACCCUUCAACCAGCUUUUCAGAGAAAUUCUGCUGGUGAUGCCUUUGAAGCACCACUUGUGUCCAAAACUCAGCCCCCAGAAUCUAUUGGGGGUGGCAUGGAAGUGAAAAUCUCCAUGGCUCCUCCAUGGUCUGUUGCAGAGAGAGUCCGUCAGGUGGAAGACUUGAAGCAUGCUGCUUUAGAAACCCGGGGAUACUCCACCAGAGUAAACUUUGGUGCUGGGGAAACUACAGUCUUAGAGAACAGAUUGUCUGAUGGGCUGCAGAAGCAGUCCACAUCUCCCAAGUACCAGACAAACAAUCGCCCAAAACCAAUUUGGCUCCGCAGAGAAGAACGAAAACAGGAAGCUAUGCAACAAUGUGAUGUCAGGAGUCAGACAACCUCAGAUAAAGGGCUUGUUGUCCAUAUCUGUAAAAGUGAGGGAGGCAAUGAAGGUGAACGUGGAUCCUUAGAUUCCAGCAUGAAAACCAAGCACUGUUCCAGAACACAAGACAUCAACAACAGCAAUGUGAAGAAAACCACAACAAUUUUGAUAGAUCUUUCUCCAAUUUCUUCAGAUAACUAUGUUGCCAAAACAGAGUUACUUCAGAAGGAGAUGCUGAAGAAAUCAGGAAAUGAAAAAUCUGGUAAAUCAACAGAAACUUUGCGGUCACCUUCCCUUAUUAUGAAAACAAUCAAUAAUUCAUCUCAAGUUCAAGAAACAGAAGGAAAUAAUGAAGAAUGUUCUAAUCACUAUAUGCAAGGAAAUGAAAGAAUAAUCAGGAAUGGUAUCUGUAAACAAAGUGAUGUGCCUGUUCCUGCUCCAAGGACCAAGAAGACAAAUAUUCAGUCACAGAAUUUGACAAAUAGAUACAUAAGUGAUUUGUCUGUGAAGACUGCAGAGACCAAUACAAACGGUAAAUUACUUGUAAAGCGAACUUUCAUAAACACUCAAGCUAAAGAAGAGAGAAAUGAAGAGACAUUGGUGGUACCCAACCAACUAGCUGCUCUGAAAGAACUGUAUUAUAGCGCAGAGUUGAGCGAUGACAGUGAGCGUGCAGAUGAGGAAGUUAGGUCUUACAUGAGUGGUGGUGGAGAUGAAGAGGAUAGGGACCAAGAUGAAGAUUCAAGCAGCGUGGUUUCUGGCAGCUGGAGCAGGGUGAGGGCCUUUCGCAACAUCCAACACCAUUUCCACAAGUUUAACACCAGCCACAAAGAUCAUGCUGACAUUUCACCUAUAUUUAAGCUUGACAACAGCAAAGAGCCUUCCUUCCAGAAGUCUGUCACUGAAGCUAAGUUGCAGUCUUACAGUGACUCAAGUCGUCUUUGUGCUGUAGAGACGCUGGUUAGCACUCGUUCAGGUCAUCCCAAAAUCACAUCUAUAUCACUGCGGUAUGAAGGUGAAAAGAACGCUGAACCAUUGUCAAAAGUCAAUGUUAGGAAUCCAGACUGUGAUUUGUAUGAAGCAAGCUUCCGAAGCUUGCCAUCUACUAAUAGAGGAAACUUACAUGUAACUGAGUCUAAGCAUUCUGCAGAUUUUGGAGUAAAUACUCCUUUUACUGCAACAUCUGGCAAAUCCUUCAACAAACCACUGAUUUCUCAGAAAGAUGUGAAUUCAGAUUCAAGUAAAUCAGUAUUUACACAAAAGCAAAAAGAAUUAUCUUCAAGCUUUGUUGAAUCUCCUUUUCAACCAGAGAGACAUACUUCACAAUUUACAACCAUUGAAAGAAAUUAUAAUAAUUUAAACCCAAGGAGUCCAACAGGAAAGAACACUGACUCUUUCAGUACAGAUCAGACAUUAUCUUUGUUACAAAGGAGAGUACCCCACCCAGAGACUGAAGACAAGUUUAUGUUCUAUCACAAUCAUAAUGAACAUGAAUUAUCCACAAAAUGUAGUAGUAAGCAAGAGUUAGAACCUACAGUCUCUUCAGACAGAAUAUCAAGCAAUAGAAUGUCUCUUUCACCUGUAAGAAACAAAUCAUUACGAAAGGAUCAGAAAAAUAAGAAAUUGCAUGCUUCUGUUCCAUCAGGGUCCAAUAACUCAUCAGAUCUUAUCAGAAGCAUGAGAACUAGUGGCGAAGAUAUGAAGAAGCAAAGACUCAGUGCCAGAGAGAAAGAAACAAAGAAGGAAUGUAACUUUUAUACAGAAAAACAAAAGCUGAAGCAUUUGGAAGGAACGUAUAUUUGUGAAAGUGAGAAGGAGACAGAGGUUGGUACUCAGUGUGACGAAAGAGAGAAGAGAGCCAACAGAGUAAAGUCAACCAGUUCCAUAUCCAUGAAACAUGAUAGGUCUUCAAGCCCAUGUGAAAUAGUAUGUUCACAAACAGAUGCAUUGAGCAGGAAAACGGUUACAACACCUGUGUAUGAGAACUUGAAAAUGGUGGCUGCAGAACCAACAAAAAAAUCAAAUAGUCAGAAUCUGAUAACUGAUACAGUGGAAACGGAAUCUGCUAUUCUGGAAGAGUUGACAAGGGCAGCAGACCAGAUCCUGCAAGCUGUAAAUGGCUACACAGAUGAGGAAUCAUAUAGAGCGAGCAGUGAUGAGCCUGAUGAUGAAAUUAUGAAAGAUGGCAGGAGAAGAAGAGGAAAUAGAUGUGGUCAAGUGCGAAGACCUUCGGCCAGUCUUGGAACAAUUAAAGAAGCCCCAUCUUCUAAGAAGCAACAAGAGACAGGGAACAGCACUUCAGAAUUACAUUCCCAUAAAAGCAAUAUCAAUGCUAGGAAAAGCCAGCGUCUAACAAAGACACGCCCUUGUCCCACAUCUUCAACUUCUUCAGUGGAGAGUUUCACAAGAGAGAAUUCUCGAGUGCAGACAAGACCAUUAUUGAAACAAGAACGCUUAUCCAGUGUUGGUGAAUGUAAUAGAAGCAAAGUAGCAAGUAGUUCAACAUCUAGCACAGCCAUUAAGUCUAGUAGCCGGACAGCAAGACUCUUGCAGCGUGCAAGUAGUCGUGAACUUCUCUUGCAGACUUACGCAAGUUCCUCAGAAGAUGUUGCGUCAGGUGUGGAGAUGGGUAGCAACAGGAAGCCAAUGGUUCCACGACGUACUAGAACCCAUAACAGCAGCAAUAAUAAGACUGAUCCAGCUAAAACUAACUUAAAUAAAAGCAUAGUAUCAUCAGAUUCUCAGCCACCACUGUCAGCGAAAGCACGGUCAAGAAAGAGAGAUGCGGACAUAAACAAACCCAAAGAAAGAUUUCCUGGGUCUACUAACAAAAUGGUUCCUUUGGUAAGGAAGAGCAGUGGUGGUGACUCAGGUAGCCCAAGUGGAGGCAGGCUCCACACUUCAAGGUCCAGAGAUAAUGAGCGGUACCAGAGGGGGAGCAGCAGGCCGACAGCUAAGAGAGACAAUACAGAUCUCAGACACAUAGCUCAAGGAGGGAGUGCAACAACAGUGGAGCCAAGUGGGCGUGACAGGAGUGAGAGGACCAUUGUAUAUGAACACCGUACUAUGGGGACCAUGGGCGCCAUUGGUCGG